GCUAUGUGAUAACAGGGACGUAACAAAGGCAGGGUAAAAAUAGACUACAGUGUAGCACACCUCACUGAUUAAACCCAGUGAUGAUCUGUAGCCUGAGAGCAAUCGUGUCAGACAGACAACCUGUUCUGUUCAAGACGGCUGGAAUAUGAGCAAUCAAGACUGUCUCCUGUAUAUGAUAGCUCUGGCAGUGUUGUCUUUGGCCCUGUUGGUCUCUUUGUGUCUCAAUAUCAUCCUUUGCGUCAGACGAAGAGCCACCUUGUGCAGAGAUGAUUCCUGCUACCCAGACAAUCCUGAAGGAGAAACCCUGACGCAAAACGAAGGGCAAUAUUUUCAUUACCUCAAUCAUGACGAGCAGCAGGAAAAUCCCCACGAUCAGCAUGAGCAACAGGAAAAUCCAAUCUACGGCAACAUCAGCGCAGACAGCAGAGGUUCUGCAGAGGGUUGCUAUGAGAUGAUGACCAUGCGACGCGCAAGAGACUCUAAAAAGCCUUUAGAGCCUGACCUGAAUUAUGCUUCGUUGGACCUGAAGAUCGCCAAGAAACGCAAGAAGCAUCGCCAUCAGCAAGGCCAGACGCAGGGACGAAACAAGCUUCAAGACCAGCCACCAGACCACCUCACACCUCCUAUGAAUUCCUUCUUGGAGGUGGACGCAGAUGUGGAUGCUCUUCUUCCUUCCAGGGACACCAGCACAAUGGUUUCACACAGUAGCAUCUACCUGAACAGCCAGCAGAUAGCCCAAGAGGCCGAGGAAAUGGAAAGAGAAAGGAGCAUAAACCUGGAGAGGGAGAACGUGGGUUGGGAUGGCAUGCGAAGGUGUGAGGAUCGAAGAAGUAGAGAGUGGAAAGGAGAUCAAGAGAGUAAGGAAAGAAUAGUCAAGCAAGAUGGUAGCACUGGAAAUGGAUGUAUACAGCUUUCAGAGGGGGAAACUAUUGAGAGCGGCACAGAUCACUUCAUUAGCAGCUUUAGCCGUGAUAGUUUCCAACAUGAUUAGCAAGAUAUCAUACUAAGACUGUUUUAUUGUUUCAAACUGUUCUGAACUGAAAACCAGAGCACCGACUAUCUAUUACUGUAUCUCCAAGAAUGAAAACUAUGUCAUCUUGAUUAUUCAAAGAGCUUUGCAAAGUUGAGCAAUAUCCUGUGUGAUGCAGACGAACUACCUCUUGAACUCUCCACAUUGGGCAACCUAGGAAAAAAAAACGAAGUGUACCUUUCUGUGCAGAGGAUGCAACAAGUGCAGAAUAUAUAAAAAGAAAAGGAAAAUCUGUGUGUGUGACAUUUAGAGGUCAAGGGCCACGUGGAAAUUUUCAAAUUGUUGCGAAAGAUGAGGAAAAUCUCAAAUCAUCACAGGACACAGAAAAAAAAACUUUAACUGUUUUGAUGUCUCACAAUCACACAUUAACGGAUGUCUUAUAAAAAGGUGUGAAAAAAAAUGAUCUUACACUUGUUUUCCAUAGUGUAGGCGAUGGCUAAAUCAUGAGAGUCGUUUUCCCUUCUCAGCACAUGAAUGAAUUUGUUUCUCAGUCAUGUUAAAACUGAAGGUAAGAUUGGUAUGAAGAUACAAAUUAAAUGCAAUAAAGUGAAAAGGGGAAAGCUGUAAGUGGUGGAAUUUUAUUCCCCCUGUGGACAUACUGCUGUAUAUUGUUCAUGCCACAUGAAAGUGAUCAUAAUGGUCAUUACCUUUAUAAUCUGUUGCACUUAAGCGCCAUCUGCUUAAAUGAUUAUUUCCCUCUCAGUAAUCCUCGUUUUGGGCGGAUAAUUUACUGCCCUGCUUUCUGCAGAGGGAGCUGAGCUCUGAAGUGAACUGCAGUCAAAGGCCUGCAGCACACUAACUGUUUGGUGACAGUUUUUCAAUAGCUGACCGUGGCCUACUUCCCCUCUAUGGAUUAAUUUUUGGCCGGAGGCAUUUUGGAUGUUACUGCUCUCAAUAUAUGGGAAGCUACGAAAUAACACCCUUAGAAAUGAUAAGCCACUAUAGUGACUGUCACACAUUUUCUAAAUUCUAAAUAUACUCUUUUCCCACAGUAUUUUGUAACAUGGAAAUUUAUUUUAGCUGAAUUCUGAUCAUAAAAACAUAAAUGCCUGCCUUUAAAUGCUCGAAAUUCUUAUAGUGUCUAUCAGCCCCUACAUUGCAUUUUAGAUUUUGUGUCCAAGUUGUAUUGCACAUAAUAUUUCCUUGUUGUUGUUUUUUUUUAUCCAGCUAAAACAGAAUUAAAGCUUUUAAGGGUUCUUGUAAUGGCAGAUGGUGGCAUGAUGACAGUAAAAGGAAAAUCAUUUUCAGCUUUUUUUUCCCCCCUCUCUUUACAAAAACAAAGCCAUAUGUCAAGAUAACACUGAGGUAUGAUCGUUAAAUUGACAGUGACAGCUUAAUGUGUACAAAUGCUCUUGGUUUCCUCCCACGAGCCUCGAUGUGGCUCAGGGAGAAUAUUUUAAUGUAGUGAGUUAGACCAUCAAGGGCUCCCGUUAUGAUUUUAUGUCUCUGUCGCAGUGUGACAAUAAAGGCUGGUUGACAAAGGAGGAUAUAAUUUAACUUGAAAAAUGCAGAUCACUUUUUUUGUAUCUAUGGUUUUCAUUAAACGGUUAUGCAAUGCAUAAGAAUGGUCCAAUCAAACUGAAUUUUGGCUGA